GAAGACCAAACCUCUCCGCUCUGUAUACGUUGACCUCGAAAGAGACGCACAUUCUGCGCAACCUUGAACCCAGAAGGCUUUCCUCACCCACAAGGCUUACUCAUCUACCAGCGCCCGACCAUGUCUACAGAAAUGGAAGUUGACGCCGUACCGCCAGCCUCAGACGACAGCAAGAACGGCACAUCCUCGCCCACCGACAGCAAGAAGCCCAAUGCCGGCACCGAGGCCCGCACUGCCGAGAACGCCGUCGCCGUCCGCAGUAUCGAAGGCUGGAUCGUGAUCGCGACAAACAUCCACGAAGAGGCCACGGAGGAGGACAUUACGGACCUGUUCGCCGAAUAUGGAGACAUCAAGAAUCUGCACCUCAACCUGGAUCGGAGGACGGGUUAUGUCAAGGGCUAUGUCCUGAUCGAAUACCCUACGCAAGUCGAAGCCGCCGCAGCGAUCAAGGCAUUGAACGGAGCCAAGCUCCUCGACCAGACCAUAUCAGUCGACUACGCGUUCGUGCGACCGCCUCCGAAGGACAACAAGGCCCGUGCUGGAGCCGGAAAGGCGAAUGAGCGUCGUGCCGGCCGUGAUGCGCGAAGUCGCAGCCGGAGCAAGUCGAGGAGCAGGACUCGAAGCGCGGACCGAAGACGAGGAGGAGAUCGCGACGACAAGAUGGACAGAGAUUGAAAGCGUAUCACGUCGAGAAUGGAUCGUGGAGCAGUCGGGUGUUGUGGAGUCCCCUGACAGUGGCCCGUCUUUGCACAGGGUACGCUGGCCAUCCCAGCUGGCGACGCAUAUGUCAUGCGCUAUUCGAAGAACGCUCUGCUUGCGAAACGCAUGAUCACAACAGUGAAAGCCGAGCCCAAACCUCUGAGAGGCAUCAAGUCUGCCUCAUGAUCGGGAUUGAUCGAAUGCCGAUAAGCAUCGGCUAUAUAGCAAGACAUGAACAUGUUCCCAAAACUGUUGCAAAUAUAAUUAUGGGAUUGACUGAUGCAGGCCAUUUGACUAGAUUCACAUCGCCGAAGUUGACUGCCCCGGAGAAACCUUGAGAGCCCGAUCAUGCAUUUGCCAGGAUUCACGACUCUAUCCUAAGCAUGCUGGCGCAUUUCUGGACACCCUCAGUCGAUGGCGAAGAAUUCGAAUGGCACACACAUACAGCAGGAGACAAACGGUGUCAGCGAACCCCUUGAUUCAUUCGCACGAGAACCAAUGACUUCCUUUGAAUACGAGCAUCAGACGCCUCCUCAUGGGCUCCAUGUCCAAGGUAUAAAAGACGCGUUCCACCAACAUCGCUCAACCUUGCUUCAAUGGGCUGCGUCAGCCUAGACUUACAACAACCACAACCCAAUCUCACAAGUCUAGCCCCUCGAGCAGCAUUGGUCAAUGCCACGCGCGAUACAAGAUCGACUUCCAAACCAAUGAUCUGUCGUUCCCUCGAUAGCACACUCGGGCCUUUGUGAAUGUCUAGGCUUCAUCGGCUGCUGCCGGCUCAAUUGUUCGCACGAUUUCCAGAUCCGUCACACCAUGCAUGCCUCUGGCUUCGAAUGGACAAUUGGGUCUUCCGCAAGCCGACGAGUGCGAUACGUUGGGACAAUGAUGACUUCCAAAACAAUCAUGACGUCGGCAAUUUGGACCGAUGCUGCAAGGAAUUUUACGUGCCUUGAUUCUCAAGGCAAGGUACACGCCGUCAACGAUUGACUCAUGAUCAUAGGUACAGCGUGGUUUGUUGCAAUUUGAACGCAGAUGAUGCUCGUUACACAGUUUACGAUUGCGCGAACGAAUAUCGAACCGUUCCUGGUCCUCCAGAGAGGGCUUCGGGAGUUUCAAAUCGAUGCGUUGAUCGAGCCUGUUGAGCGCUAUUGGUGAACAAACGGGACGUCGCUCAGGAUGAGGCUCUGGCAUGCUCGGAAUUUUCUUUGUGAAUGCGGGAGCAACGGAGCUGCUUGCUCUCGAGGCCGCUCGUGGCUCUGGUAUGGCUUGUGGUGAAGUUUGUUGAAAUCGUUGGGAGGCCUCUUGCUCUACCAUAUCGUCCCACGAGCCUUGAAAUUGCCUCGGGGCCCGUCCUUGCGGACGUGAAAACGUUUUUGAU